GGGACAAACCCGACAGUGCCUGGUCAGGCAGGGGCGGUUCGGUGUGCCUCCAGAGCCUUGGCGGGUCUUUGUCUCCCCUCCCCCAGGGAAGCCAGGAGGUAGCUGGGGGCGGGGCUGCUCCGGCCUCUUCCCCAGAGUCAGGCGCACACCGAGGACUUCUCCCCCCUUGGGCUGCCACCCCCUGAAGCACCCCAGGGUGGCCCCGCAGAGAGCCCGCAGCCAGAGCAAUGGCCCCCGGGACCACGAGGCCCCCCUCCCAGGGAUCAAUAACAAUCAAGGAUGUAACUGUGGACUUCACGCAGGAAGAAUGGGUCCUGUUGGACCAUUCUCAGCAAGAGCUGUACCUGGAGGUCAUGCUGGAGAAUGUGCAGAAUCUACUCUCUGUGGGGCUUCUAGUUCCUAGAGAAAAUGUUAUCUCCAGUUUUCAGCAAGGGGAAGCACCAUGUCUGCUAGAGCAAGAUUGUCCAAGGAGCUCCUGUCCAGAGGCAAAGACUCAUUUUGAAGUGAAGCAGAUGUUUGAAAAAUUGAGCCAUUGUGUGGAAGUAUGUGGUCCUCAAAGAUUCAUGACUGAGGUUCCCUGCGACUUCAUUUUGAGAGAAAUCUGUGACUCUAAUAUGAAGGUAAAUAAAAAUCCAAAGAGUGACUGUGAAAUUGAUGAAACUGCAGAGAAAUUCAGCCAAUAUUCAGUGCCAAAUCGGUAUACAAAAUUGACCUCGGAGGAUGAGUGUUCUCAGGAUAGUAAAUCCAGCAAAUGCUUUCCUGAAGAAGGUCUUAUUCAGUCCUCUGGAAAAUCUCCUGAAAUGCCCAUGUAUGAAGGCAACCUAGUUAGAAUGGGCUUUGGCUGGCAUUUAGAACUCAUUAAACAUCCAAAAAGUAAAUAUGUAAAGAUGGUUUGUGUGAGUAAUAAAGGUAGGAAACCUUCCAGUCAGAACUCUGAGAGUGCUGUGCAUCAAAUAAUCCACUGCAGAGAGAAACCUCAUGAAUGUAAGCAAUGUGGAAAGAUUUUUACCGAGAGGGAUCAUCUUGCUUCUCAUCAGAGAAUCCACACUGUAGAAAAACCUUAUAAAUGUAAACAAUGUGGAAACUCAUUCACAGAGAUGGGCUCUCUUAUAGAACAUCAGAGAAUCCACACCGGAGAAAAACCCCAUGAAUGUAAAGACGGUGGGAAGACUUUCAGACAGAGGAACAGUCUUGUUGCAUGUCAGAGUUUCCAUGCUGGAGAGAAACCUUAUGAAUGUAAACAGUGUGAAAAAGCUUUCAAAGAUAGUUCCAUGCUCGUUAGACAUCAGAAAAUCCACAGUGGAGGGAAACCUUAUGAAUGUAAACAGUGUGGAAAGACUCUCACAGAGAUGUGCUCUCUUGUUGCCCAUCAGAGAAUCCACACUGGAGAGAAACCUUAUGAAUGUGAACAAUGUGGAAAAGCUUUCACACAUAGGGGCUCUCUUACUGUACAUCAGAGAAUCCACACUGGAGAGAAACCUUAUGAAUGUAAACACUGUGGAAAGACUUUUACAGAGAGGCGCUCUCUUGUUGCACAUCAGAGAAUCCACACGGGUGAAAAACCAUAUAAAUGUAAUCACUGUGGAAAAGCUUUCAGACAAAGGAUCCAUCUUGCUACACAUCAGAGAAUCCACACUGGAGAGAAACCUUAUGAAUGUAAACACUGUGGAAACACUUUCACAUAUAGGAACUCUUUUACUAAACAUCAGAGAAUCCACACUGGAGAGAAACCUUAUGAAUGUAAACAGUGUGGAAAAGAUUUCAGAGAUAGUUCCCAUCUCGUUAGACAUCAGAAAAUCCACACUAGAGAGAAAACUUAUGAAUGUAAACAGUGUGAAAAAGCUUUCAAAGAUAGUUCCCAGCUCGUUAGACAUCAGAAAAUCCACAGUGGAGGGAAACCUUAUGAAUGUAAACAGUGUGGAAAGACUCUCACAGAGAGGUGCUCUCUUGUUGCCCAUCAGAGAAUCCACACUGGAGAGAAACCUUAUGAAUGUGAACAAUGUGGAAAAGCUUUCACACAUAGGGGCUCUUUUACUAAACAUCAGAGAAUCCACACUGCAGAGAAACCUUAUGAAUGUAAACACUGUGGAAAGACUUUUACAGAGAGGCGCUCUCUUGUUGCACAUCAGAGAAUCCACACGGGUGAAAAACCAUAUAAAUGUAAUCACUGUGGAAAAGCUUUCAGACAAAGGAUCCAUCUUGCUAUACAUCAGAGAAUCCACACUGGAGAGAAACCUUAUGAAUGUAAACACUGUGGAAAGACUUUCACAUAUAGGAACUCUUUUACUAAACAUCAGAGAAUCCACACUGGAGAGAAACCUUAUGAAUGUAAACAGUGUGGAAAAGAUUUCAGAGAUAGUUUCCAUCUCGUUAGACAUCAGAAAAUCCACACUGGAGAGAAAACUUAUGAAUGUAAACAGUGUGAAAAAGCUUUCAAAGAUAGUUCCCAGCUCGUUAGACAUCAGAGAAUCCACAGUGGAGAGAAACCUUAUGAAUGUAAACACUGUGGAAAGACUCUCACAUACAGGAGCUCUCUUGUUGUGCAUCAGAGAAUCCACACUGGAGAGAAACCUUAUGAAUGUGAACAAUGUGGAAAAGCUUUCACACAUAGGGACUCUUUUACUAAACAUCAGAGAAUCCACACUGGAGAGAAAACUUAUGAAUGUCAACACUGUGGAAAGACUUUUACAUCUAAGCGCAUUAUUGUCGCACAUCAGAGAAUCCACACUGGCGAAAAACCAUAUGAAUGUAAUCACUGUGGAAAAGCUUUCAGACAAAGGAUCCAUCUUGCUAUACAUCAGAGAAUACACACUGGAGAGAAACCUUAUGAAUGUAAACAAUGUGGAAAGGCUUUCACACAUAGGAACUCUUUUUCUAAACAUCAGAGAAUCCACACAGGAGAGAAACCUUAAGAACGUAAACAGUGUGGAAAGACAUUAACAGAGAGGCCCUCUCUUGUUGCACAGUAGAGAAUCCACAUUGGAGAGAAUCCUUAUGAAUGUAAACAGUGUGGAAAGACUUUAACAGAGAGGCUCUCUCUUGCUCAACAUCAGAGGAUUCACACUGGAGAGAAACAUUUUUGUGUGGAUUGAAAAAUUAGUGCUUUUCUCAAGAUAAUAGUUAUUAAUUAUUAAGUUAGUAAACCUGGUCUCCACUCUUUCUUCGCCUCCCCCAUCAAGCUCCCAUCAAGAGAAGAUUACCCCACCCUCCAUCUUUCUCCCCGUAGGACAAAAACGUUAAAGCUUUUAAAUAAAUGGCCUUUUCUUAGACUCUCAUAUACUGUGAAUCUUAAAAUUUACUCAGACUGUACUUUAGAAGUUUUGGUUAAGCUAUCCCCCUCUUGUAACAAUGGAGAUACUUAAUCAGGAAUGUAUUGGGAACUUUUAAAAUUACUGCACCCUACUCAGACAGUGCCUUAGGGGAAAAUAGAGUUGUAAACUCCUAAUUGAACAAUGAAAGUCCCCAACUCAUACCUUAUACUAAAGCUGAAACCUUAAGCUAGGUGGUCUAUUUUUAGAUCUAAUACAAAAAGGUGUUAAGUACUGUAAAGGUUAAAUUAAUCAUAAAAAGGGCAAGUAACUUACAAAAGUCAAGCUUAACACAGAGGUGUGAAGUACUCAGAAGAUUUUAUCUAACCAGAGAAGGUGAAAACUAAAGAGUGGUGAAAAGUAAGAAUGGGCAGUCCUGGGGGGGAAAAAAAUGUCUACUGUCAUUAGUAGAGGUGAAAAUUUAAGGGAGGUGACAUAAGAGAAAAUUUCUUUCAAAGGAGAAGUCAGUUCAGGUAAUUCAGUUUUGCAUUGGAAUUCAGUUCGUGAUUGAGUGAGAUAUUCUGAACUCAGUUCAGGAAAUUCCGUGGAGGACUGUAGCUUACUUGGAGACAAUCUUGUGUUUAGUGAUAAAGACUGACUCUCUCUCCCUUAGGCUCAGGCCUUGGCUCCCUUUUUCUACUGCUUGGCUCAGCUUGAACCAGAACAAUUUGAAUUAAUUCUCUCAUUGUCUCUCUCUCUCUCUCUCUCUCCCCCUCCCUUCCCCCCCCCCAAUAGUAGUUAAUGGGAUUGUUCUUUGACAUUUUCUAAAUCCCCACAAAUUCUCCUAUUUACAUUUUGAAUGUAUAGAAUGUUGAAAGGAUUUUCCGUGAAACGUAUCUCUUCCUGCACAUCAGAUCAUCCACAUUGUAGAGAAACUUUAUAACUGUCAUUAAUUUGGAUAGGCUUACACAUAAAGCUCCACAGUUGCUUCAUGUCAGAAAAUCUUUCCUGGAGAGAGACCUCAUGAGUGAGACUGAUCUUCAAGUUGGCACUCUUAGCUUUUUUGACAUAAGAGGAUCCACACUAGAGAGAGCCUUUAGAAAUAUCAUGAAUAUGGAAAGGCCUUCGGACUAAUCAUCUCUUAUUCCCAUUGAGAAUUCCCUUUGAGUUGGAUAGAAAUCUUAUUUCUGUCAUGAAUGAAGAAAGACAUUGAAUUGGAGAGUUCAGACCUUGUUCAGAGAAAAUGUCUUCUGCCCAGAUCAGUUCCAGAUGGAUAUCCUGUAGGAAGGCUUUUAGCCAGAGAUCAUAUCUCAUGUAUCAGAAGAUUCAUAGUGCAGAAAAACCUCAUGAAUCUACUGAAGUUUUAUGUUUUCCUCAGGAGGAGAGUGAUGGUGAUUAUUAAGGCAAAUGUUAAUUAUAAUAAGUCUGAGGGAUCACCCCAUAUCUAUUAGUUUGGGUAUUUUAGCAGAAAAGGAAAGUAACAAAAGUUGGAGAUGUGGGAAAACUGAGAUACUAAUGGAAUAUUGGAGGACUGGUGAACUGAUUCAACCCUUUUUUAGGGAGUAGUUUAGAACUAAGUUAAAUGGGCAUUAAGAAAUAAAAAGAAGAGGACAUAUAUACAUAUGUAUUUUAAAGAAGCACUCAAAGCUGCUCUUUUUGUGGUGAUGAAAGAAUUGAAAAGUAAGAGGGAGAUCAUCAGUUGGUAAUGACUGAGUAAAUGGUGGAAUGUGAUUGUGAUUGAAUACCAAUGUUUUAUAAUUAAUGAGGACAAGGAGGAGCUCAGAAAAACCUGGAAAAAUUUGAGAAAUGAUGCAGACUGAAUUUUGUGAUACCAUGAGAACAUUGCACAUUGGAAUAAUUGGAACAAAAUAAUUGUGAAUUGAGGUAUUCUUAACAAUACAAUGAUCACAAAUAAUUCCAAAGGACUCAUAAAAGUUCACCUCAUGGAGAAGAGUUGUAUCAUCAGUACUGACCAAUAUUCUUUCUGGAAUGAAGGUGUGUCAAGGGAAUGAUUACAGGAAAGGCUUCCCCUUGAGUUCAUACUUGACUAUACAUUGCUGGAGAUAAGCAUCAAUGUCCCUAGGGAAGGCACAAACUCAUAGACUAUCCCACAGAAGAGCAAAAAUUACUAAUGGUUGUUCUUCCUCACUAUUUGGGGGGGGGGGCAUUUAUCUAUUACAGUUAUUUUAGCCAUUCCCUUGUUAAUUGGCACUUACUUUUUUUCCUUUUUCCCUUCUGUCACAUAUAGAUCUUUACCAAAGAAAUAAAAUAAGUGCAUAGGGAAGUUGUGGAAGGGUUGGGAACCUGGUCCCCACUGUUCAGUCCCUUCUCUCCAAGGACUCAGGCUCAUGAUGCAGUUGGUUGAUUUCUGGGUCUGAGCAGAAGUCCAACCCUUCCGAUGAAGUAAUGUAAGGGUUAAAGUAGGAGUUUUGACAAAAUAAAGGAGCAGCUUUUAAUAACAAGUUUUAAUGAGAACAUAGUAGAGUUAUAAGCUCAUUAUCCUUUUAAGCCAGAGAAAGAAAACUUCUAGCAGAUUUUAACAAUUAAUAAUGUAGUUUAAUUAAAAUAUAGACUGUAAAAGAAUAGAGUAGAAUGAAUAUAGUAAAGGAGAGAAAUACAGGAAAGAGGGAGAAAAAGAAAAUUUUCUAAUGUCUAUACUAGUUAUCCUAUAAGUACCUAUAAUUACUACCUAAAACUAUCUAUAUCUACCUAUAACUGCCACUAAUAACCACCACACAAAGUCCCAACCCAAUCAGUGUUUAAUCCAAUGCCAAUUAGAUCUGUCAAAGAAGGCUGGUCACCUCCCAACCCAGAAAAGGUCAAAAGGCCCUCUAAAGCCAAAAGGCCUUCUCAGGAAGUUCAGGUCCACCUUUAUAUUCCAUCAACUAAAAGCCAACCACCAAUCUAGCUCACUUUCAGCAGUCAAUUUCUCAGCAAUUGCCAGCCCUAACUGUUAGCAAUCCUUUUAUCUCCUUUUCCUACCUCUCUUCCUGUCUCAAUGGUUUCUACUUCCUUUCACUAUGGGCUGAUUAAUCCCUACAUAUGUAUUGUCUGCAGACCCCCAGGUCUCCCAUUAAAUAAAAAAAUAAUUUUUUUGCAGGAAUAAUAAAGGAUUUGAGGUGUCCAAAUCCACCUUGUCUCUGGAAAUAUCAACUAAUGAUUAUUUAGGGGACAUCCUCAGAGGAAGCUGGAGCUUCUAGGCCUCUAUCCUACUUCUGCUUCAGAGCAGAAGGGUAUUUUUUAUCAGGUAGGUGAGGUUGAAUUGGGCCUCUUGGCCCACCUAGACACGUGCUUUCUUAUUUUGUAUUUUCUUUAUAUUUUAAUUCUCAAUAAACCUCUAAAAAUAUAAAACCUCUACCAGAAAGAAACUAAUUUCUACCUGCCUCAGUUUCCCCAAAUUUUAACUAUUACAGUUGUCCACAUGAGGUACAAGCAUUGUUGCUAUGAUAGAGAACACAGGCAUUUUCUGAUCAACGAAUUACAAGGUAUGAAAUAACCUUGCUAAACAAUGAAAAUUUUACUCUAAAAUGCUGUACAACCCUUAAUCCUGCCACCUUGCUUCCAGAUUUGCCAACUUCAGGAGAACUAUUACACAGUUGUGAAACACUAGUGUCCCUGGCAGAAAAGCCUCUGGAUGAUCUCUUGGACACUCCCUUAAAAAACUCAGACCUUAUCUUAUUUACUGAUGGUUCUUCUUUCAUGAGGGAUGCCAUACGAUACAUUGGAGCUGCUCUAGUCACAGAAUUUGCCACUGAGUGGUCAUCUUCACUGCCCUCUAACAUUAGCGCUCAAGGGGAGGAACUCAUACCUCUCAAACAAUGCCUGUAUAAUUGCCAAGGGUAAAAAGGCAACAAUUUAUACAGAUUCUAAAUAUGCUUUUGCCAUUUGUCACUCAGUUGGAAUGCUAUGGCUCCAGAGAGGAUUUUGAACCUCAGCUGGAAAAUCUAUAGCUAAUGGGGGUAAUUAUUAAUGAAGUCCUUUCUGCUCUUCAGGUGCCUGAAGCCCUAGCUGUAGUUCAUUGCUCUUCCCAUACAGGUGGCACUGAUCCUGUGUCUAUGGGAAAUUACCAAGCAGAUGCUGCUGCAAAGCUAGCAGCCAUAGAAGGGCCUGAAUUACUUUUAACAUUAACAACCACUGAUGACUUAAAUUUACCACUUUCAUAUAAUGAAAAGGAAGUGGAAAAAUGGAAACAAAAAUUCAAAGCAAAACAGGUGUUACAAGGGAAUCACUUUAAAAGACUGAUAUAUAUUAAUUUAAGGUCUCCAAGGAAUCCAGCUAUGUAAUUCCUAAAUGAAAAACUCAAGUCAGCCGUUAACCUUUUUUGGAGUUUAAUUACAAUAGGAGCAAGAAAGGAAUUAGAGAUAGAGAGAGAGAAAAAGGGAGAGAAGGGAAUAGGGCUUAAAUACCCCCUUCUGCUUAGGCUGGGCCAAAAGGCCCAAGCCCUUAGAUAGCUGGGGCAAAGAAAAGAGAUCAGUCCCUAUUACUCAUGUGACCAAAAUGGAGAGACAGUCUCAGGGGCCCCCACCUUCAGCUUCCUUCAGAGCAAGCUUCUCAGAACCACACGAACCACACCGACCAACUCCUCAAAAAAAAACCUUCUCAAGUCUCCAGACCCUCCUAUCUUUUAGGAAACCCUCCAAGUUCCUCCCCUCAGUUCUCCCAUCUACCAAUCACUGUUCAUCAAUUUCCCUGUGCCAAUGGAGGCUCUAGCUUAACCCAGGACUGCCCAGAGGUUUCUGGCUUUUGCACAUGUCUGUUGAAGGUCAUAUUUCCAAAUGAUUAAAUCUUUGAUCUAGGCUGCAGCCCUUACUCAAUCCUGUUAGGACUGAAUAGGGUGGAGAUUUAUUCCAAGUAUCUCCAUUGUAUCAAUUCUAAAAUCAAUCAUGAUUCAAAGAAAUUCCUGUUCUAUACUUAAGCAUAGGUCAAAGUCCUUUCCAUUGUUCAGCAAAAGGUUUCUGUCCUAAAGUAAUCUUAAGAAGGGAAGAGAAGGAACCUACCAUGCCAAUGGGGUUCCCAUUCCAAUACACUAUCAGUAAGAAAUUUUCCAAGUAUGAAAUAUCCCAAUGGUGAAAUUUCCAACAUUUAUAAGUCUAAGGAAUUUUGAGGUUUACAAUGGUCAAUGGAGUAUGAGUGUCACCUGAAGGAAAACCCCUGCUCCCUAGAAGUUUCUAUCACUAAAUUUGCCAAUCUGUUCAUAAUAAUGGCCACUUUGGUGUCCAGGGCAUCGUGGACUCUGUUAGAAGAGUAUGGAUAGCCCCCGGUAUAACUACCAUAGCCUCUAAAGUGUGUUCAGCUUGCUCUACCUGCAAGGUAUAUAAGCAACAUGCCUUUUGUGAAAAGUCUUUGGUGGGCUCCCUCUGGAUUACACACCUUUUGAGCACCUGUCCAUGCCAAAGGCUGGACAAUAUAAAUUUUGUCUGUUCAUAGUAAACCAACUGACCAGAUGGCCGGAAGCAUUUCCUGCGACCCAAGCCACAGCGGCUUUUGUUGCUAAGGUGCUUUUUAAAGAAAUUAUUCCUUGCUUUGGGCUGCCAUCACAUAUUGAUUCCGAUAGGGGAAGUUGUUUUACUGAUUCUGUUUUAAAUCAGAUAUAUUCUUUCUUGGGGAUAACUCCCAAAUUCCAUGUUCCAUAUCAUCCCCAGAGUUCAGGCUAAGUUGAGAGGAUGAACAAAGAACUUAAAACUAUGAUUGGGAAAUUAUGCACUGAGACCUAUUUAAAAUGGCCUGAAAUUCUCCCUCUGGGCCUAUUUUAUCUUAGAAGCAGGCCUAGAGGAGACCUACACAUCUUACCAUUUGAAAUGCUUUUUGGACAUCCACCUAUACAGGCUAAGCCUUUCUCCCCGGCAUAUACAUCACUAUUAGUGGGAGAUACUACUAUUGCUUCCUAUAUACAGGAAUUACAGCACAAACUGUGUACUCCAAGAAUCCGGAGCUGCAGGACAAGCUGGAUCACUAGACUUCUCACUUCAUGACCUGAACCCAGGAGACAACGUGUAUAUAAAGAACUUCCAGCAUAGAGGAGCAACUCAGCCUUCCUGGGAAGGACCAUUCCAAAUAUUGUUAACUACUCCAACAUCUAUAAAGGUUGGAGAAAAGGACUCUUGGAUUCAUUGCUCACAUGUAAAGAGAGGAUCUUCUAUUGAGACUGAUUGACUGUAUCUUAUAUAUGCAUUGGAGAUAACUACCUAUUGACAAAUGAAACUGUUUUAUUUUGUUUCUAACACAUUGAAUUCCUGAAUUUAUUUUUUUCUUUUUUCCUUUUUCUCCUUUCCUUGUUUUAUUAUUAUUUUUCUUUUAUUAAAAUGUUUUAUUUUUUUCCCUUUUCUCAUUUCUAUGUACUUAAGGUACAUACAUUCAAUAUUAAUUUUUAUUCUACAAUAAUAUUAGUUUAAAUAUAUAUACUUACUGUAUUAUUAAUACAUAUACCCAAACAGCUUUAGACUAUGGGAACCUGCCAUUUGUUGAUAAUUGUGGGACUAUGAUUAAUGUUUCUGUCUGAUUCCAGGACAAGAUGUACACAAAAGAACCAUUGCUUAGGGCCAACAAUAAGCCAAUCCAGGAUGGAUUGAUGCACUUUUAAGACAAUACUAAGGAUUUGAACCUAGUGUGAAGACUCAAGGUUACUCUGUUUAAUGUUGUUAAACAUAGGCUUUCCUUGUGUCCACACUCACUCUAAAAAUACUCACAGGUGAGUAUCCCCAAACCUUGGCUCCUAUAACUGGUCCCUUUUCUGACUUUCAUAGUAUAAAUGCAUCAUUGCUUAGAUCAUUUUAAUUAGGCCCUGAUUCAAGGACCUGUUAGAGAUAUAUUUUUCCUUUACUUAGAAUUUUUACACAUAAGACUUUGAUAGUCUAUAUUUUAUCCAAUAUUUUCUUUUGUAUUUGGAUUUUCCUGGUAUCUUUUUAAUUUCUCUUCUCAAUUGAUUCAUAUACCUCAUACCUCAGCCAUGCAUCCCUGAGUGGUCCUGUGUUUUUCAAUCACCCACAACAUGGGGAAAUGUAAAAAAAAAAAUCAUUAUUUUAAAUUGCAAAGUUUAAAUUCCUUUUAAGAAGAAUUUCAGGUAAAGUAAGAUGCUACCUCUCUGAAACCAGAAACUGAACUGUUGGAGAAGACACCAUGAAGAUACUUCCAGAUCACAAGCUGCACAAAAUAAAUCUAAAUUGAACUUUGGGUGUAGUUGAUUGAACAUUUAUUUGUAUGUAUACUUUCAUGCCAAAGGGGACUUCCCCCUAACUGGCUUUUUGUCAAUGCUUCCAGCAAUUAUUGGUUUUGUUAUUUUUUUUCUCUUAUCCUCAAAUUAUUGUAAUCUUUAAAUUGAUUAUGUUUUCAUGAUCCUUUGGGGGGAAAAAAAACUAUUUUUUUUUUCAAAUGAUCACACGGGGCUAUGUAAAAAUGGAGAUUUGAACUCUGGACUCCAUUCCCUAGAAGUCCUUGCUCACUUUCCAAAAUGCCUUGUAACCUCACCUGGGCCGAGAGCGAGAUGGGGUAUUUAACUUGGUUGUAAAGGCUUCUGUGCCUCUCUUUCCUAGUUCCGCUUCGGACCAGACGGUCUUUUCAUCAUGUAGGUGAGGUUGAAUUGGGCCUCUUGGCCCACCUAGACACGUGCUUUCUUAUUUUGUAUUUUCUUUAUAUUUUAAUCUUCAAUAAACCUCUAAAAAUAUAAAAUCUCUAACAGAGAGAAACUAAUUUCUACCUGCCUCAGUUUCCCCAAAUUUUAACUAUUACACAAAUGACCCAACAACAAUAUAACAUAAGUGGAAUUCCUCCAAGAAAUAGUAAGGGUGCUACUGCCCUUCCAUGUGGGGCAGAAGGUGGUGCCUCUUAGUCUCUAUUGAUUUUGUUGAUAUUAAUUAACACUUUUCAAUUUUGUCUUCCCUCUAAAUAGUAGCAUAGAAGAAGAAAUGGAUUUUUUAAUACAGUACCUCUGUUACUGAUUAUACCUUCUAUUGAUAAUGAAUAAUUGACUAUAUUGAUUGUAUUUAAGUAUUGAUUAAAAGACUUCCCUAUUGAUUAAUCUA